AUGGCGGCACAACAUAAAACCCUAACCUCGAAUACAAUCAAAUUUCUCUACAGUUAUGGCGGAAAGAUUCUUCCUCGUCCAAUUGAUGGAUGUCUUCGUUACGUCGGUGGUCUCACUCGCGUCAUCUGCGUUCAUCGCUCUAUCUCCUUCUCUGAAUUAAUGUCGAAGCUUGAGAAUCUAUGCGGUUAUGCAGUCAAUCUUCGAUGUCAAUUACCAGGCGAAGAUCUCGACGUUCUUGUAACGAUGAAAUCCGACGAUGAUCUCGCUAAUAUUAUCGAGGAGUAUGAAAAAGCGUCGUUAAUUUCCGGUAAAGAGAAGAAAAUCAGAGCAAUUCUCUCUCCUCAGAAGUCUUCAUCAACAUCAUCAUCUGUUUCACCAUCUCCAGUUUCUUCUUUGUCGCCGUCGAGUUCAGCCGCAGAUCUCUCUCCUACUAAAUGUGAUCGUCAGAAAAUCGUCAACCGGAAACCACCGGUGCCGGUUAUUCGCCGAUAUUCUCCAGCGAGAAGAGUCCAAUACGGCGUCGUUCGGGAUUGUUACUACUAUUAUCCUUGCCAUGUCCAAGCCAAUUUUCAGCCUUCCUCAUAUUUCGCCCAAAAUUCAAAUCGAUUGCACUAAUUUUUUUUUUCUGAAAACAAUCUUUUGAAUCAAAGAAAAUAUUAGUAAUAGAAGUAUAUGAUUUCUUAUACAGAGUAAAAUUGCAAAUAUCACGGAAAAAAAGAAAAAAGAAAGAGUAAUUGACCUUUAUAGUUUUUGAUUGAGGUCUCUCAGUCUAUGUAAUUAGUCUGUAAAAUAUAUAGCAGUUACUAUUUAUUCUCCUGAGAAUCCGGAGCAUUUGAAAUUUGAUUGUUCAAUCCCUAUAUUUUCCGGCGAUUCUCAGCGUUUUGAUGCGUGUUUUUUUGCCCUUUCGAUUUUUCGACCACCAAUUUUGCCGUUAGGGUUUCGUCAAACGCCGUUUUUUGCAGUUGAGCCUUCAUACUGUGUGUCCGUGUAUUGUCCGUGUUUUUAUUUUGUUCAUUAAUUUAUUAUCAUACAUUAAAAUUAUUAUUUUGUUCAUUAUUCUCUUUGUGUGGGUUGUGUAUAUUUGAUUUAAAAUUAUAGUAAGUUAUUUGAUGUGAUUUUAUUCUUUUUGAUAUAAGAUGAUUCAUAUGAAACUGCAUACUAAUUUCUUGCUUAUUUCAUAAACUUUUGCAGGUCAAAUGGGGUAGAAGAUUUGAAAGGGGACAACAUUAACGACUCAAGUUUUGGUGGAGUACACUAAUUCCUAAAUUUCUGGCAAUUGUUAUUUAGGUGGACUAGGAAGAUUGAAAGUAACGUCUCUAAUAAAAUUAAUCAAACAACUGGACAAGUGACUAAUGAAAAGAUCUCGUCAAAAACUAAAGAAGUAAUUAAAAAAAAUUGAAAAAGAUAAUAUGGAAGUCGGCCAGUUGGAUGGGCCUGGAGUUUGUGGGCCUUAAAGUGUUGAAGAUGAGGAUAAUGAUCCACAUUCGGACAAAUACAACUCUGGGCUUGUGGGCCCCUUUUGAUAUAAACUAGUAUGAGUAAUGAUGAAAUAUGAAUGUGGACGUGUCAACCAUAAUGUGGACCCUAUACGUAGGAUAUAUGCAAGAUAAGAAGGUCGGAAUUUUGUGGGACCAUGACCUUGUGGAGAUUGAUGAGGCAAUAGUGUCCUCCCAAAGGAAUAGUGUUGAAUUGUUAAAUGCUAAUGCCUUGCCCUUACGUAUCAAUGUAUCAUUUAAGUUGAUAAUACUUUAAUAGUUAAUACUUCUUGCUAAGAUGAUCGAAGGUUUUGGAGAAGGAAUAAUAAAUACUUUUUUCUUUUU